AAACAAGCCGAGUCCCCUUUCUCUCUGGUCACCGGAAUCAAAAUUUUAACGCCUUUCUCUAUCUCUCUCUAGAGCUCCAUUGACUAGGGUUUGAUUGGAGAGAAAACCAGUGGGAAAUGGUGGGACAGCAGUCGUUGAUCUACAGCUUCGUUGCGAGAGGCACGGUGAUCCUCUCCGAGUACACGGAGUUCACUGGAAAUUUCACCAGCAUCGCUUCGCAGUGCCUUCAAAAACUUCCCUCUAUGAACAACAAGUUCACUUACAACUGCGAUGGCUACACUUUCAACUACCUUGUUGAUGAUGGAUUCACAUACUGUGUGGUUGCUGUAGAAUCUGUUGGCAGACAGAUCCCCAUUGCAUUUCUUGAGCGCAUUAAGGAUGAAUUUACCAAGAAAUAUGGAGGAGGAAAAGCUACUACAGCUGUUGCUGGAAGCUUGAAUAAAGAGUUUGGGCCCAAGAUGAAGGAGCAGAUGCAGUAUUGUGUGGACCAUCCGGAGGAGAUUGGUAAGCUCGCAAAGGUGAAAGCUCAGGUUUCAGAAGUCAAAGGGGUGAUGAUGGAAAACAUUGAAAAGGUUCUUGACCGUGGAGAGAAGAUUGAGAUUCUGGUGGAUAAAACCGAGAACCUUCGUUCACAGGCACAAGAUUUCAGAACACAAGGAACUCAGAUGAGGAGGAAGAUGUGGUUGCAGAAUAUGAAGAUAAAGCUCAUUGUUCUUGGGAUUAUUUUCGCCUUAAUUCUCAUCAUUGUUUUGUCAGUUUGUGGAGGCUUCAAAUGUUGAUCUGUUUGAUCUGGAUGUGCCAUUAACUUGAAACCAGAGUCUUGUUUGUCCAGAUAUCAUUCCAUCUUUCUUUUCUUUUGCUGCUACACAUUUCACUUUAUGUUGUAGUCUAUAUGUAUAUCAUGUGAAAAAGUCCCCUGUAUAGCAUGCAGGCUGAAUUCUCUUAACAAAUUGUAUUAUUAUAGUGAAAGUAUCCUGUCCCUUUUUCUUGUCACAGCAAAAGAAUCUCCAUUGUUUGUUUAUGAUCAAAUCACCCCUACACACCAAAAAAAUUGUGUUAUAAAAGAGUAAAUUCCAU